GGGCGUGGAGGAGAUGGAGGAGGUGGAGGAGGUGGAGGAGGUGGAGGGUCGUGGAAGUGGCUCAAUGGGACGUCAGAGGCCACGUACCUCAACUGGGCCACGGGAGAACCGAAUAAUCGCAAGAGCAAUGAAGACUGCGUGGAGAUGUACGUGAAGGCCAGGAGGAGCGGUGGGGGAGGUGAGACAGAUGGUGGAGGUGAUGGUGGUGUAGAGGAUCCGGCACACGGGCGUUGGAACGAUGAAUCUUGUCGCAAGAGGAAGAGGGCUCUUUGCUUUAGAGACUCCUGCGAGCCCGGGGCGUGCUCCGGGCAGGGCAACUGCGUGGAGGUUUUCCAGGGCCGCCGCUGUGCAUGCUGGGAGGGCUACGAUGGAGAGGCCUGUGAGAAAAUGGCCACACCUCGGACUAGUGCUGCCCCCUCAUGCUCUGCGUGUCGGGGUGCCUCGCGGGCUUCGUGCUGCGGGGGUCGCCGCUCAGGGAGUGUGGCACAGACGGCGCGUGGAGCGGGCAGCCGGCAACCUGCACAGCUGUGCCUUGUCUACUGGAGGCUUCUCAACGUGACCAGCAGGCAGCAGCAGCAGCAGCAGCAGCCACCGACGAUGAGUCGGCUCCCAACGCCGUCACGGCUGGGUUCAAUCCCUAGCCCGCCAGCAACUCAACUCUUUCCGUAGAGGGGUUCAUAAUGGCCGUGUCAGAGACACUGAGAUCCUGGGUUCGAGCCCUGGGUCUGGGUGUUUCUCUCUCAGUGGGUUCACUAUGGUCACGUCAGAGACACUGAGACCCUGGGUCUGGGUGUC